UCAUGGGGCCCCCGGGCAAUAGGGGAUCAUGGGGCCCCUGUGUCCUUGCCGAAACUCAAAAAAGCCUAUGGAAAAGGUACCAGGGGCAUCUCAUGGGGCCCCCUACUGACCCCAGGCCCUCAGGCAGUGCCCGAGUUUCCAAAUGGUCAGUCCACCCCUGCUCCGCAUGCAGAUAUGGGUCUGUGCACCAGUGUAAUUGAAGCCCAACUGCAACGCCGGAUCACCAAAUACGCAAAGGUCCCGCGACAAGGGAUCAAAAAAUUAUUGAUUUCAUCUUGAAAGAAAAACAAUGAAGUUUUCCUAAAUUGUUUACAAAAGAUAGA